ACACGGUCACGCAUGUCCAUAGCUGAAAAGAUCCGCGAUUUGUUUUCGUUUUGCUUACGAAAUGAUGUCCGUACACGGAAAAUUGACUUUAUGCUCGAUUUUACUUAAUUUUAUAAGUAAAAAUAAAUCAAUUUAAGUGACUUUUUCUUGAAAACCCGCCAAGUUCAGCUGCUCACGUUCAAGAUGCGAUCCCUGCCGUACGGUUACCAUUGACAACAGCAACGGACCGCGUAAACAAAGUAAACAAAUAAAAACGGUUGCGAUCGCUAGCAAAUACAGCUAUCGUCCUUCAGGUGCAAGUAUUUAAAAAAAUCACUCUUCCGUCGAUGAACGCCAACAGCAACGUGUAUUUGGGAGAAUGGUACCAGAAAGAGGCCGAUCUCAACCGGCAGCUGGUGGUAAGCUUCUUUCCCAGCGACAACGCAGUGGAGUUGGUCGAUCUGAAGACGCGCAAAACAUUCCUGCGACGCACGAAAAUCGAAGAGCUGAACGAGAAUGAUUUCUUCAUUGGGGCGAAGCUGCUGAUCUUCGGCAAGCAGAUUAACAUUCUCGAUUAUGGGGAUGCCAAAACGAGAAACAAGAAAUCGGACGAACAGCUUUCCUUCGGGUUGAUCAAGGCGGAAGCAUUGCUACACGUCGGUGAAAUAUUGACACGGAUACACAAGGCAGGAUUGGGCGUUCGUCGGCUGGCAAUGCUGAAAAUAGAUGAAAACUAUUCCUCAAUGUUAAAGUCAGUCCGUUCGGAAGCUUCCAGCUUGAACUAUCUGAUGGACUGUAUGCCUAGCCAAUCGUUUGUCGCCCUGGAGAUCAUCGGAAACAAUGCGUACAAUCAGUACCGGGAGCUGUGUGGACCGGAAUCAAUUUCCGAAGCUAAACAGUGCGCCCCAAACAGUUUCCGUGGCUUGGAACGGAAGAAGCGGAUUGCCGCCCGGACACGCCAACUGAACAUACCCGUGCCGAUAGAUUUGGAGGUGCUGAUCGACGAAAGAAUUAAACAGCUGAAGGAUAAUAGCUUCGUGUUUCUUACUUACGCGUACUCCAAAAACAGUGAACAUUUCACACCGAAAACCAUAUUCGACGGUAUUGUCGAGGCGUACAAUGGCGUCGAUCGGUACGUACUUCAGUUCGAUCGAAUUCGCUUGUCGUACCAGGAAAAUCUUGCCGUCGAUCAUGGCGUGAUCAGGGGUGAAACGAAUUUGGAAGUUCUUAAAAUGUACUGCGAACGCUUUAGCAAUCAGAUGACCGAGCUGGAGAAGAUCCGGGAAUCGCAUCCGCUGGGUUUGCUGCAGGUGAAACAGGUGGCGUUCCGGGAAGAGAUUACACCCAUCUGCCAGCAGCUGCUGGCGGUGCUGGACGAAACCAUUCCCCGGCUGGCAAUGGAGAAGAUCAACUACGUCGAGCAGAAGGGCGAAGAGCUGCAGACGAAGCUGCUUAUCGUGCCGGAGGAAACGAAUCACUACAUCUACUACUUCAACCAUUUGGAAGUUUGCCAUGAACAUGUGGCGAGCUUGCAGAAGGAGCUCAGCUACGCUUACGAAGCGUUAAAAAUUAUGAAACACUACAGUGUUACCUUUUCGGACGAGGACAAAGACAAGUAUCUGGAUAUGGAGGAGUUUCUGAGUGAAAUCAGCAUUACGCUGGAAAGCAAACGGGCGCAAAAGCAGGAUCUGAUCAACAAGUUUGACCUGUGUCUGCAGGCGGAUAUUACGAAAAUAUUCUCCGAAGUCGAAGACAUCCACGAGGAGGUGCUGAAGGAGUGGCUGCUCGAUUUGGGAUCCGAUCCGGCCCAGGUUCGCGACUGCCUGAUCGAUCUGUCCGAACGCUUAACCAUGUGCCAGCGGAAGGCGCAGGAGUAUAAAAAGUAUCAGAAAGAGUUUCGCCUAGAGGUGACCCGGUUCGAGAAGCUGGAUCAGGUCAUCAACGAGGUAAAGCUGCGCCAGAUCCUGUGGGACAGUGUGCAGCAGUGGAAGGAGUCGGUGGAGAUAUGGAACGAAAUACACUUUCACGAGCUGAGCAUGGACGAGGUGGAAGCGCUCAACACCAAGAUCCUGAAGAACUGUGCGAUGCUCGAUAAGAAUCUGCCGAAAAAUGACAUCAUCCCGAAGCUGAAGGCGGAAGCGGAAGAGUUUAAGGACAAGAUACCGGUGCUGGGAUUUUUGCGCAAUCCGGCUCUCAAAACGCGGCACUGGAUCAAGAUCGAACAGAUCCUUAACCGCCAUCUGGCCGAAGAGACCGAAAUCUAUCUGCACACGUUCGAAGAUGCCAACGCGUUCGAAGAGGACGUAGCGGCCGAACUGAUGGAAGUGUCGAACAUGGCCAGCGCCGAAGCGGGCCUAGAAACGUUGCUGAACAAGGUGGAGAAUGCAUGGAAGGAGCUGGAGCUGACCGUGAUCAGCCAUCGCGAUCAUCGGGACGUGUUUGUGCUGGCGGGCAUCGACGAAAUCCAAACCGUGCUGGAUGAGUCCAGCAUCAACGUUAGCACGGUGGCCGCCUCUAGACACGUGGGUCCUAUCAAACCGAAGGUAGACGAUUGGGUAUCGCAGCUCGAUCUGUUUUCCCGCACGCUGGACGAGUGGAUGCAGUGCCAGCAGUCGUGGAUUUAUCUGGAAGCCAUAUUUUCGGCCCCCGACAUCCAACGCCAGCUACCGCACGAAACGCAAAUGUUCCUGCAGGUGGACAAGGCGUGGAAGGAUCUGAUGCGCCGCACCCAGAAAGCCCCCCUCGCGCUCGGUGCCAUGACGGCCGAAGGUGUGCUGGAGCAGCUUCAGAUCAAUAACGGAUUGCUGGAAAAGGUGACCCGCUGUCUGGAGGCGUACCUGGAGGUGAAGCGGAUGGCGUUUCCAAGAUUUUACUUUCUGUCCAACGACGAGUUGCUGGAGAUACUGGCACAAACGAAAAACCCGUACGCCGUACAGCCUCACCUUUCCAAGUGCUUCGAUGCGAUUGCCAAGAUUGAGUUUGGCAGGAAGAAAACGGACGCGGGCGAAUCGGUCAUGACCAACGACAUUAUUGCGAUGAUCUCGCCGGAAGGUGAACGGCUCACGUUCGGCGUCGGUUUGAAAGCGCGUGGUGCUGUCGAGGACUGGCUGUCGAAGGUGGAAGAAGCCAUGUUUCUGGCGGUGAAGCGCUACAUGCGCCAGGGCAUUCGGGUUUACGGGUUGAAGGAUCGUUCCUACUGGAUGCAGGAGCAUCCGAAUCAGGUUGUACUGACCAUUUCCCAGCAGCAGUGGGCAGCGGACGUGCACAACAUUCUCGACGGUGGUGGCAACGUGGACAGGGGGAUGGAAGAGUUUCACGGCCAGCUCACCAAAAAUUUGACCGUACUAGCUGCGAUCGCACGCACCAAAAUUUCCAAACUCGUGCGCAAGGUGCUGUGUGCGCUGAUCACUAUCGAUGUGCACGCGCGCGACAUGAUCGCAGGAAUGAUCGCGAAAAGGGUGCAAAAAUCCACGGAUUUUGAAUGGUUAAAAAUGCUACGCUACUACUGGAUGUCGGAAACGGAGCUGAUAGAAACGAAAAUGGCAUCGGCCAAUCUGCCCUACUUCUACGAGUAUCUCGGUGCGGGCGGAGUGCUGGUCAUUACACCGCUUACCGACCGGUGCUACCUGUGCCUGAUGGGAGCGCUUCAAAUGGAUCUGGGCGGUGCACCAGCCGGACCGGCCGGUACGGGCAAAACGGAAACAACCAAAGAUCUGGCCAAGGCACUCGCCAUCCAGUGUGUGGUGUUUAACUGCUCCGAUGGGUUGGAUUACAAAAUGAUGGGACGGUUCUUUACGGGGCUGGCCCAAUCGGGCGCCUGGUGCUGUUUCGACGAGUUCAAUCGCAUCGAUAUCGAGGUGCUGUCGGUCAUUGCUCAGCAGCUGAUUACGAUACGAAAUGCAAAGGCUGCCAAAAUGAAGCGGUUUCUUUUUGAGGGGCGCGAAAUACGGCUCAAACCUUCGUGUGCCGCUUUUAUCACGAUGAAUCCAGGGUACGCCGGUAGAACCGAGUUGCCCGACAACCUGAAGGCUUUGUUUCGACCGAUCUCAAUGAUGGUACCGGACUACGCGCUGAUCGCGGAGGUCAUCCUCUACUCGGAAGGGUUCGAGGGAUCGAAGAUACUGGCCAAGAAGAUGGUGCAAAUGUACAAACUGUGCAGCGAGCAGCUGAGCCAGCAGGAUCAUUACGAUUUUGGAAUGCGCGCGGUCAAGAGUGUGCUCGUGAUGGCGGGUGCCCUGAAACGUGCCUCGCCUGAUCAACGGGAAGAUGUGACACUCAUUUCGGCGCUGCGUGACUCCAACUUGCCAAAGUUUCUGGCCAACGAUGCUGUGCUGUUUAAUGGCAUACUGAGCGAUCUGUUCCCGGGCGUCGAUUUACCCGAACCGGAACGGGGAGAGCUACAGCAAGCCAUCGAACAGUGCAUGAUCGAUCGCAAUCUGCAGCCGGUUCCGGAGCUGGUGCUGAAAACGCUCCAGCUCUACGAAACGAUGGUGGUCCGGUGGGGUGUAAUGCUGGUUGGCCCCACCGGGAGCGGUAAAACGACGGUGCUUCACAUACUGGCCAAUGCGUUUGAAAAGCUGCACGCCGAAGCCGUUCCCGGCCCACUGUACCGUCCGGUGCGCAUACAAACGCUCAAUCCCAAAGCGAUUUCGAUGGAUGAGCUUUAUGGAUUCGUAAAUUUGGCCACCAUGGAAUGGCGCGAUGGGCUGCUUGGGCUGGCUAUAAGAUCCGCCGUGAUCGUAACGGACGAAAUUCACCAAUGGGUUGUGUGCGAUGGGCCAGUCGAUGCGGUGUGGAUCGAGAACCUCAACACCGUACUGGACGACAACAAAAUGUUGUGCUUGGCCAACUCGGAACGCAUCAAGCUGACGAGCUGGGUGCACAUGGUGUUCGAGGUGCAGGAUCUGGCGCAAGCCUCCCCGGCCACCGUCUCCCGGUGCGGCAUGGUGUACAUGGAUCCGGUACACCUCGGGUGGUCCUCGCUGGUGAGAUCGUGGCUCAAUUCGGUCCAGCAUCUGCAUCUGGAUGGUGACCUAAAGUCGCACGUACUAGCGCUGUACGAACGGCACUACGAAAAUGUGACCAAGUUUCUGCAUCGCAACUGCAAGUGGAGCAUUCAUCAGGUGAACAUCAGCAAGCUGACGAUGAUGACCAAGCUGCUGUAUCUGCUGCUGCAGGAAACGCAAGGAUUGCAUCUGAUGGAGCGCGGCGAAGCCAAGCAUUACAUUUUCAAAAUGUUCACCUGGAGCAUGCUGUGGUCGUUUGGUGGCAAUUUGCUGGAUGAAUCGAAGGUACAGUUCGAGCAGUACUAUCGGACGCUGCAGAACGAGGAAGAAAUAGGCCUUCUGCCCAAGGAUACGCUGUGGGAUUUCCGCAUCAACACGAAAACACGCACCUGGGAAAGCUGGAACGCAAUGCAUCCCAAGUUUGUCUACAAUCCGUCGGUGCCCUAUUUCGAUCUGCUCGUUCCCACGCUCGAUACAACCAAGUAUGGGUUUGUGGCGGAAAUGCUACUCCACCACCAGUACCCGGUGAUGUUCACCGGUGAUACCGGCGUCGGAAAGUCGGUACUUGCCCGCGAAAUCCUAAACCGACUGAUGCAACGUGACGUGAUACCGAUCUUUGUGAACUUUUCCGCCCAGAGCGAAAGUGCACGCACGCAAGAGAUCAUAGAAUCCCGGCUGGAACGGCGCAAAAAGACCCUUCUGGGGGCACCGAUUAACAAGCGGAUUGUAGUGUUCAUUGACGACGUCAACAUGCCGAAGCUGGACCGAUACGGAAGUCAACCACCGAUCGAGCUGCUGCGCCAGUUUGCCGAUUUCCGUGGACUGUACGACCGGGAAAAGAUGUACUGGAAGGACAUUGUGGAUGUAACGCUUGGGGCGGCCUGUGCACCACCGGGCGGUGGUCGGAAUGUGCUGACGGCACGGUUCAUUCGCCACUUUGCCCUGUUCUCGUUACCCUCGCCCAGCAGUGACACACUGAAGACGAUCUUUAAAGCCAUUUUGGCCGGUUUCUUGAACGAGUUCAACAUGGCGAUCAGGCCGCUGGCUGACCCGAUCGUUGAGACGGCUGUGGCAGUGUAUGAACGCAUAUCGGCUGAGUUGUUGCCGACGCCGAAGAAGUCGCACUACGUGUUCAAUCUGCGCGAUCUGUCCAAGUGUGUGCAGGGAGUGCUGCAGGCCGAUUCGUCGAGCUAUAUAAAUCCGAUACAGCUGAUGCGCUUGUUCUACCACGAGUCGCUGCGCAUAUUCUACGAUCGGCUGAUCAACGAGGAGGAUAAGCUUUACUUUAAGCAAUUGCUGCAGGACUGUUGUGAAAAGUUUUUCGAAACAACCGUUGUGCAGCCGGAGGAAACCAUCAUGUUCGGCGACUUUAUGGUGUUCGGACAGGCGGCUGACGAUCGUGUGUACGAGGAGAUCAAGGAGAUGAAGAAGCUGAAGUCGAUCUUGGUGGACUAUUUGGAGGAUUAUAAUGGCACGGUUGGGUCGGAGAUGAACCUGGUGUUCUUUGCCGAUGCGGUCGAACAUAUUGUGCGGUUGGCGCGAUUGCUGCGCUCGGAACGAGGCAACGGGCUGCUGGUCGGGGUGUCCGGUAUGGGUAAGCAGAGCCUGGCAAAGCUAGCGUCCCACAUCAACGGCUACCAGUGUCACCAGAUAGCGCUGCGGCGCGGUUACGAUCACAGCUGCUUCCAUGAGGAUCUGCGUCGUAUCUAUUGGAUUGCUGGGGUGCUGAACAAGCCAACCGUUUUCCUUAUUACCGACACGCAAAUCGUGCAUGAGGCGUUCAUGGAGGACAUUAACAACAUUUUGAAUUCCGGCGAAGUGCCGAACCUGUUCGAAGGCGACGAGUAUGAGAAAAUCAUUCUAAACUCCAGACAACCGUGCAUCGAGAGUGGAUACGCGAACCAGACGCGCGACGGCAUUUUUGAGUUCUUCAUCAAACGGGUCAGGGCAAACCUGCAUGUGAUUAUGUGCAUGAGCCCGGUCGGCGAUACGUUCCGGGGUCGAUGUCGCAUGUUUCCUUCGCUGGUGAACUGCUGCACGAUCGAUUGGUUCGUGAAGUGGCCCGCCGAGGCGUUGCGUAGCGUAGCGAUCGGUUCCCUCAAGGAUGUCUCCGAUAACGAGGUGCAGUGCAAGCAUCUGGCCCAAAUCUGCGUCAUGAUACACGAGAGCGUGGAAAGCAUUUCCGAACGAUUCUAUCGCGAAAUGCGUCGCCAUUAUUACACCACGCCCAGCAGCUACCUGCAGCUGCUGAACCAGUACCGGGUGCUGGUCCAGAAGCGGAUCGAUUCGAUCGUACAGAAGAAGGAUCGGAUCGCCAACGGGUUGAGCAAGAUACUGGAAACGAACCAGGUGGUGGCGGAAAUGGGUGAGGAGUUGAAAAAGUUCGUUCCGAUACUGGAGGAGAAGUCGAAAAACAUGAAGGAACUGCUCGCGAAACUGGACAAGGACAAUGCGAUGGCGGAGAGCGUGAAGAAGAGUGUGGCGAAAGAUGAGGCGGAGGCUAAAAUUAAAGCAUCCGAAACGCAGGAGAUUGCUGACGAGGCGGCGAAGGACUUGGAGAUCGUGAUGCCAACGCUACAGGCGGCACAGGACGCGCUUAAAUCGCUUAACAAAAACGACAUCAAUGAGCUGCGCGUGUUCCAGAAGCCACCGAAGCUGGUGCAGUUUGUGAUGGAAGCCGUGUGCAUCUUGCUCGGAGCGAAACCGGACUGGAACACGGCCAAGGUGGUGAUGUCGGAUGUGAACUUUUUGAAGAAGCUGGAGGACUACGACAAGGAACACAUUUCCGAAGCCAUCAUCAAGAAAAUUAAGACAUACGUUGACCAUAAGGAUUUCCAACCGGCGACGAUUGAGAAAGUUUCCAAAGUGGCCAAGUCCAUGUGCCUGUGGGUUAUUGCCAUCGAGAAGUAUGCCAAAAUUUACAAGGUAGUAGAGCCGAAGAUCAAGCGCCAGAAGGCAGCGGAACAGGAGCUGGGCGAGGUAAUGCAGCUGCUCAAGUCGAAGCAGAGCGAGCUGGCGGAAAUCGAAGCCAAAAUUACCAUGCUCAUGGCAAACUUGGAAGAGAAGAAGCGCGAGAUGAAGCUGCUGCAGGAUCACAACGAUCUUACCAGCGCUCGGCUAAACCGUGCCGGUCGGUUAACGUCAGCCCUGGCCGACGAGGAAGUACGGUGGCGCGAGACGGUGAAGCAACUGACGGCGGAACAUUUUGCCGUACCGGGCGAUGUGCUGGUUGCGUCCGCGUACGUCGCCUACCUGGGCGCCUUUCCCAUCGACUACCGCCGCACACUGUCCGAAAUUUGGGUGUCCGAGUGCAAGCGGCUAAACAUUCCGAGCAGCCCCACCUUUAGUCUCGUGCAAAUUCUGGGCGAUUCGUAUCAGAUUCGCCAGUGGAACAUGUACGGGCUGCCGCGCGACGAAAUAUCCGUGGAAAAUGGUAUCAUCGCGACGGAAGGUGGUCGUUGGCCGCUUAUGAUCGAUCCGCAAGAGCAAGCUAACCGCUGGAUACGCAACAUGGAGUCCCGAAACGAGCUGCGCAUAAUCAAGCUAACCGAUGGGAAUAUGAUGAGAAUAUUGGAAAUUUGCAUUAGGCAGGGAUUUCCAAUGCUGAUCGAAGAUGUCCAGGAAACGUUGGAUCCUGUGCUGGGAACGGUGCUGAUGAAACAGAUCUUUCUACAGAACGGCCGACUGAUGAUCAAACUGGGCGACGUCGACGUGGAUUACGAUACGAACUUCCGACUCUACAUGACUACGAAGCUCCCGAAUCCACACUUUCUACCGGAGAUUUGUAUUCAAGUUAGUUUGGUCAACUUCCUCGUUUCGAGAAGCGGUCUGGAGGAUCAACUAUUGGCCGAGAUCAUCAAGAUCGAGCUACCGGAAAUGGAGAAGCAGCGUAACGAUCUUAUUACGACCAUCAAUGCAGAUAAGCAGCAACUGCUGCUGCUCGAAGACAAGAUACUGAAGGUGCUGUACAGCUCGCAAGGCAACAUUCUCGAUGAUGAGGAGCUGGUAGAGUCGCUGAACGAAUCGAAAGAAAUGUCUACCAUCAUCGCCGAUCGGCUCAUCGAAACGGAGCGCACAGAACUGAACAUUGCAGCCACACGCGAAAAGUACCGCGUGCUCGCCGCACGUGGCGCCAUUCUGUACUUCGUCGUAGCCUCACUGUCCGAGAUUGAUCCGAUGUACCAGUUUAGUUUGCGCUACUUUACCCAAGUGUACUGCUCCGUGGUUGAGCAACCGCACGCCCGGAUGGAUCUGCCGGAGCGCCUUGCCACCCUGCUCGAGGAUAUCACCUUCACCGUGUUUGCCAACAUUUGCCGGGGACUGUUCGAGAAGCAUAAGCUGAUUUGUGGAUUUUUGGUAGCGUUUGCCAUCUGCCGCGAGGCGCAACAGUUUUCGGACGAAGAGUUUAGCUUUAUCGUGCGCGGACCAUCGCAGCGCAAGUUUUCGCUCGAAGGCAAACCACCGUUCCUGACGGAUAGUCAAUGGAUUGCCUGCUGCUUUCUCGAGGUGUACGAUUCGGUUAAGUUUGCGGAGCUCACAAAGCAGCUGCACCGGACGCUGCUGAUCCGUAUCGAGGAUUUCCAGGAGGAUCUUUGCCUUGCACCUGUUCCCGCACCGGCAGCGAUCGAUUGGAACGCAAGGCUCUCGGUUUCGGAGAAGCUUAUGCUGGUGGCAGCGCUUAAGGACGAAUUUCUGGUGAUUGCCGUCACCGAGUUCAUUCGCCAUGCGCUGGGAAAGCGAUACACCGAGCCACCGAAAAAUACGAGCCUAGCGUCACUGUACGCGGACAUAUCGCCUACCAUCCCGCUCGUGUUCGUGCUGUCGGCGGGAUCCGAUCCGAUGACGGCGCUGAUCAAAUUUGCCCAAGAACGGGACUGUGUUGAGCGGCUGCACUCAAUUUCGCUCGGCCAGGGCCAGGGACCGGCGGCGGAAUCUCUUAUCGAAGCCGGCACCCGUGGCGGCCAUUGGGUGUUUUUACAAAACUGCCAUCUUGCCACGUCCUGGAUGGAGGCGAUGGAGAAAAUCGUAAACCGAAUCGCGAUGGGAUUGCAAACGGUCGAUGCCAGCUUCCGGCUGUUCUUGUCAUCCAUGCCGGUACGCACCUUCCCGAUCAGUGUGCUGCAGAACUCGGUGAAGGUAACAAACGAACCGCCGAAAGGGUUGCGAUCGAAUCUGGUACGUUCGCUAACCGAGCUGGACCGUAGCUGGUUCGAGUUCCAUGUGCUCGGAGCACAGUGGCGAGCACUGGUCUUCGGGCUUUGCAUGUUCCACGGUGUUAUUCUGGAGCGGCGCAAGUUUGGUCCACUCGGGUGGAACAUAACGUACGAGUUUAGUGAGAGCGACCGCGAAUGUGCCCUCCGCACGCUGGAUAUCUAUUGCGAUCGCGAGCAAAGGGCGCCGAUACCGUGGGAUGCGCUGGAAUACAUCAACGGAGAGAUAACGUACGGGGGGCGUGUAACGGACGUGUGGGACCAACGAUGUUUGCGGGCAGUGCUGAAACGUUUUUCUUCCCCCCUGAUCCUGACCGACGGUUACAGCUACAGUGGGAGUGGAUUGUACCGCUGCCCCGCCGGCGACGAAGCACGCAAGAUCGAUGGAUUUUUGGAGUACGCCGGCCAGCUGUCCAUACACGAUCCGCCGGACAUAUUCGGCAUGCACGAGAAUGCAAACAUCAUUUUCAAUCGGAACGAAACGUACUUCUUCCUCAGCACGCUGCUCGAAAGCCAAUCGGGUGGGGACAGUUUGGGUGAAGAGGCGAUGGCCGCCAUGGACAAGAUGUGUUUGGAGAAGAUUGAUUCGAUUCGCAAGGCGGUUGCUCCCAGCAUUGGAUACGACGAGCUGCAUCCGAGUUUGCUGCAGCGAGACGCCAAAAAUCGCAUUCCCUCACUGACGACGGUGUUGCUGCAGGAGGUGGACCGGUUCGAUCGGCUUUUGUCCGUACUGCACGGUAGCUUGCGCGAUCUCGAGAAAGCCAUUCAAGGGUUUGUGGUAAUGUCGGAGAGUUUGGAAACGAUCUACCGAGCAUUCGGCAACAAUCAAGUACCGCAGGCCUGGCACUCGAAGGGCUACCUUUCGACGAAGACGCUUGCCAGCUGGGUGACGGAUUUGCAGCAUCGCAUUGAGUACGUACGGAGCUGGUGCGUGGAGGGGUUGCCCAUCUCUUCGUGGGUUUGUGGUCUGUUUUUCCCACAAUCGUUCCUCACAGGGACGCUACAGACGUACGCUCGCAAGCAUAACGUUCCCAUCGACACGCUACGGUUUGAUUUCGAAAUAAUGAGCGUAACGUUACAUCAAUCGGCGAUUUAUGAGGAUCGUUCCAAGCAGGGCACUAGCGAACUGUUCCAAAAUCUGAACCCUCCGGGUGAUGGAAUCUUCAUCCACGGCCUGUUCAUUGAAGCCGGUCGGUGGGAUCCGGCAGAGGGAGGUCUCUGCGAUGCUAGGCACCGGGAGUUGAUUGCCCAUCUGCCCGUCGUGUGGUUAAAGCCUUGCACGGAUCUUACGGUAGGCAAUCGCUACGAGGCACCACUGUACAAAACGAGCGUACGAGCGGGAGUACUAUCGACGACCGGGCAAUCGACCAAUUUCGUACUAUCUGUACUGCUUGAUUCAGAACUGCCAUCCGAUUACUGGAUUUUGCGGGGAACUGCUCUCGUUACAUUAAUAACGGAUUAAGCAGUACCGGUACGGUAGUCUUGCUCUGCAACUAAUGUGCUUUCAAAUUUAAAUGCAUUUAUUAUAAUAAUCAGAAAAA